UUUGAGGAGCUGCUGCCGGGUCCCCUCCUUAGCGUCCCGGUUUCCAGCGUCCCGCUUCUUCUGCUUAUUCCGGACAGCCUCCUCUGCUGCCCCAAGAUGCUGUGUGGAGGGACCUCUGACACCAAGCCGGCCACCGCCGAGACUCAGGACUUGGUGGACCAGGUGAAGCACGAACUUGAGGAGAAGGAAAAUAAGAAAUUCCCAGUUUUCAAGGCUACGUCGUUCAAGAGCCAGGUGGUUGCAGGGACCAACUAUUUCGUCAAGGUUCACGUUGGUGGGGAAGAGUUCAUACACGUGCGACUCUUUCAGAGUCUUCCUCAUGAGAACAAGCCCGUGGCCUUACAUGGCUACCAGACCGACAAAACCAAGCAUGAUGAGCUGACCUACUUCUAAGCCUCAAUACUGCCCACGCGGCAGUGCCCACGACGAUUCCUCGUUGGCUGCAAGUGCAGGUGUGGGAGUGAGAUGAGCAUCCCCUCCGAGCUGCCCUGCUCCGUAGGGACAGCACGAAGCAGCCGCCCUCCACUUCUGCUCCUGAGUCCCGUGUAUCAAUUUUUUUUUCUUUUCUAAUCGAUGAUCUUAACUCGGUGACUUUAAAGAGGGGUAUGUGUGAUCUUAAAAUACAUAUUUUUUAUCUCUACGAA